CCGUUACCUAAAUGAAAUGAAUGGGGAAAUAAUUUUCUAAAGGCGAAAUAAAAAUCUAUAAAAAUAUUUUAUAGUAACACUAUCUUCGCUGUACGGUCGGGUGACAUGUAAGAACGCCUACGACGCAUGCGUGGGUCUGUUUAAUUUAUUCAAGCUAGUUGUGACACCGCUUUGUGCUUGAGCUCAUAGGUUUUAAUUUGUUUCGUCAAUUCUAAUCUAAGUUUUUUACGGGAUAUGCUUAGCGAUAAUACAAGGAUAUUUGAUUUGAAAUAAGACAGAGGACGGAUUUGAACCUUAACCCCUGGAGUAACCCCCGCCAUGUCAGUAGCUGAGGCGCUGGGCCACACCGAAAGAACCCCCAACUCAGACGUCAGACGACACAAACAUUUUCUUGGCGCCAACCAAAACAACCCCUGCCUCGUGCCAAAUGAACCUGACACUAAUCUUUACCUGCCGUCAAAAACUCCGUCCACUGGUCAGAGACAUGUGGGUCAGUUACAGCUUAAAACAUUGCAAGACGUCGUCUCUAGUAGGAUAGACAACGAAGACACAAGACAGGUGAGAAAAGACAGAAUGGAUUUUGAUGAAGAUGGGGGUAGAAUACCUUAUAACAAACAGACAAAUGAGUACGAACAGACGACAGUGUUUCCAUGGGAUCAAAAACAUUAUGGAGAAACUCAGAAAAAAGACGAAGGACAGUUCGGUGGCCCGGGAGGGUCGUUGACCAAACGUCAGCAGGCCACGCCCCAGUUGUCGGACCCCAGGGUCGGCCAGCAGCAAGGGUACCCGUCCCAAGCCUUCUACCAGCCUCAGUCCCCGGGGGUCGGGAGGGAGUCGAUGACACCGUUUGAGAUGGCGGAGUACAGCAAGAAGCUCGCCAAAGUGAGCGAAGAGAAGCGGUUACUAAAGGAACAGAGAAGAGAAACUAACUUUAGACAAGAACCAGAUAUUCUAAGGAACGAUAAUCACCGACCCGAAUACACGUACACUCCUCCAGAUUUCGGACGUUUCGAUAGAAAAGAAGAACAACGGAGCCUCGAUCUCGAGAACACAAGGGGAGGAGCAGGGGCGCCUUAUAAAGACGAGAGGGGAAAGAGCGUCACUAGAAGGCCGAUAACUCUCAGUCGAGACGAUUACGGUGAAUCCAGAAUCAAAGAGACGGUGCCCGGUCGAGCUAACAAAGAGAACAUCUUUGAAGAUGAAAACAAACCUUACUUCCCGUGGGGCGGGCAGGGGGGUGGGGCACCCCUGAGGGACAAAAACGGCAAUGUCAUGACUCAAGUAUAUGGGAAACUGGAAGGAAAAGAUUACCAUGAAACAGAAGCCAUCAGAAACAGACGGAGACAAGAAGCAUUUUUCAAUGAGCUCAAAGAGGUGGAGAUGCAGCAGAAGGAGAAGAAGGACGAAUUCAACAGAUUCCUGAAGGCACCACAAACUGAGCUCGCUGAGGUAAUGAUGGCUGGUCGCGUGGGAAAACCGAAAAGGUACGAGUCUACUGGUGAGAUAGCUCAGCAUCACCUCGGCAUGUCUGAUAUUUCUAAAGUGAAAGCCAACUAUCAGCCUGUGCCAGCCAAUGAGAAGAAGCGUUACCAUGACGAGCUAGUUCAGAUGGCGGAGGAGAGGCAGUACCUGAAACAACUGGAGAAGUUUAAAGAGAGGCAGGAAUCUAAUGCUCACUUUAAAAACAUGGACUCGUCCUGGGGAAAUAUCGGGGGUGGGGCUCCCAAACACCAGGUCAUCAGAAAGAAGGUCAACUUGACCAACGCAUUGUACUACAACGACAAAGCAGACAAAGCUCCGGAAACCCCGUUAGCCCCGUUAAUCUAUCAGAGUCAUCAACCACCAACUGGUUUAGGAUCAUUUGAGUUUCUUGAGUCUCAACGGUCAGACGCAGGGUACCAGAAAUUGACCCUGGAUGACACCAGCAGAAGAAUUAUGUCCCCUGAAAUGACGCCUGCCUUUCUCAAGAAUACGAACAAUGGUUCUCACAAGAACCUGUACCAACCCAGCCAUGAUCAUCUGUAUGAGAAAUCUGGCCACCAUCCAGUGGCACCAUAUGCCACCGGAGGCUUCAGGUGAGGGACAGCCACACAGAAACCUGGCCGCCACACCCGCCCCGUCGCGACUCCACACCUCUGGAAGGAGAUUUCUCUUGCGGCGCUGCUACCCCGGUUGUCUAGUUAUCAACAAUAGAAUCAUGUUUCUGAUAUUUUAAAUUAUGUGCCCUCAAAAUUAUUGGUUUAAAUAUAUUUUAACAUGUGUUUCAAAUAAAACAAUUUCCUGAAUUUUUAUGUAAUCAUGUAUAUUAUUUAGUUGGGAUAUUUUUAAAAAAACACAUAUUCAAAGCAGUGUCCAGUUAUGACAUAACACAAACUUAAGGAGUGUUCUGGAAGAAACACUGUGUAAUACUAAUCUGCCAUUGCGUGUUUGGUACAUUUUCCGCGCCCCAAAUGUGACACCUGGCAGUGUCCGUUAGCUCAUUCAGUAUUGGAGGAAGAGGGUGGGAGGGGUGUGUGGGUUUGGGUGUUUAUUUCUUCCUAACAUUCUGAUUCUUGCCAUUGAAGUACCAAAGUAAUCCAAAGGCAACUCGAUGGUAGAUCUAAUUUUAGAUUCAGGCCACUCAAAUUGAAACUGAGGAAUUGAA